GAAAGUGACUAUGAUCUGAAUUUUGCGUCGAAAUCUACUGCUAAUUAUGCUGUUUACAAUGAGAUGCCUUCGCUGACUCAGCUGACUGCCUGUGUGUGGAUCAGAGUGACUCAUCAGUCAGUACACUAUAUAUUUUCCUACGCCUCCAGCUCCUCGCCAGAAGCCAUUGCGUUGGGUUAUUAUGCAAACUAUAAUUCACUAACACGCCUUUACUUUAACAUCAACGCUUAUGAUGUUAAGUAAGUCGAUUUAUCUCGUUUAUGUAUCUCGGAAGUCACUGGUUUUUAUCAUUUACACUAACCAACCGGGUGGAAAUCGUGGGCAUGAACAUAAAACUAUAAGAUUUGACGUGGUUGAGAACGACCCGCUACAAUGUACUUCCAAAUCGUCCGAACAGACUAAAGAGAGUUGAAAAAUGCAUCACCUCUAAUCACAGCCUAUAUUCUCUGAAGCUUGUAAAACGAAAUGGUGCAAACCAUUUGAUUUUCUAUCCGGAUUUUCAGGUUUUCCCAUGUAAAUGGUUAAGUAUCCCACACCGUAAUUUUUAGGGAGUUAUUAUAACUCCAAAAAUGGAGUAAAAAUUUUAGGUACAGGAUAACCCCUUUUUGGGGGUUAUUUUAACUCUCAAUUUAACUCCGAAUUUGGGGUCAUUUUUACUCCUGAAAAAGAGUUCUUUUUACUCCCACUCUGGAGUUAAAAUAACUCCGAAAUGGGGUUACUUUUACUCCUUACAUGAGUUGUUUUUACUCUUUUUGGAGUUAAUUUAACUUUGAAAGUGGAGUAAAAAUUUUAGGUACAGGAUAACUCCUUUUGUGGGGUUAUUUUAACUCCUCAAUAACUGGGGUCACUUUUACUCCUAAAAAAGAGUUCUUUAAACUCCUUUUUGGGGUUAAAAUAACUCCCCGAAAAAUAACUCCACUGUAAGGAGUUAAAUUAGCCCCACUUGAAGAGUUAUUAUAACUCCUUGAAAGUUACUGUGCAGGUGUACUCAGUACCAUUUACAUGAGAAAUCAGGAAAUUUUGGUUGGAAAAACAAAUGAUUCUCGUCAUUCCGUUUUAGGAGAGCUUCAAGAACACAUGGGCUGUGAUUUGAGGGGAUGCAAUUUUUGUACCCUUUUUGUUCUUUUCAGCUGAUUUGGAUGUACAUUAUAGCAGGUUGUUCUCCCACCACUUCAAAUUUUAUAGUUUUAUGUUUAUGCACAGGAUUUCCACCCGGGUGGUUUGUCUAAGUGGUAAGCACCCCAGGUUUUCGUAUGAUAUAAAUGUUGUUAAGUGUAUUAUGAUGAAUGGGUGUGAGAAGCGGUAGAUUGCCUCGGCACGAACAGAAAACGACUGAUUUGUUUUCUUUAGCCUCAGUUAUUUUAAUUAUAGUGACUUGCAAUUGUUUGCCAUUUUCAUAUUCGAGGUCAAUAUUCCGGAGACACAUCUCGUGACAAGUGCUGAAAAUAACGUUUCGGAGCACCGCAAGACCCCCCUCCCCCCCUCCCCCCCUACAAGGUGGGGGACAAAAAAAACCUAGCUACGGCCCUAACGAGUGUAUACAGGGAUCUGAUAACCAAAUAGUACCCGAAUACAAGGUCUCGACCUCGUAAAUAUCUUUGGAUACACCUUUCAUUUAAAGGUACCCCCAGGAUAGCUUUAAUAAAAGGUGUAGUUGAAAUUGAUGCUCAGAGAGAACCUUACACGAGCACCCUGCCCGGGUACUAAGUGUGAUCGCUGUCUUAUUUUUACUUCUUGAUUUUUAAGGUAUCUUGACUUAUCCUCCGGACUGCAUGAUGGCGGGUGGCAUCACGUGUGUUUCACGUGGUCCAACUCUAAUGGAAAGUUGUGUCCGUUGGUGAAUGGAGAAGUGUUUACGUGCUUCACUGACUACAAAAUCGGUCAGACCAUCCCAGGAAACGGAAAGUUCAUUCUUGGACAGGAACAGGACGUCUAC